AGAGCGAAAUGGGAAAUGGAGGGGUUGGGAAAUGAAAUGGCGAAUGCAACCGAUGGAAUCAGGAUCAUGACGAGAGCCCAACAGUCGCGUUUUGAAGAGCAAAGAACUCAGCACAACCUCAAGAAGAUGGCAUCUUUUAUAUCCUCCAGACUUGUCCGCGUCAGCUUCGCAGGACUUAUUUUGUUCGUCGGGGCGGCAACGGCUCAGUUCCAGUGCCCCCAAGCCAAGGGUUUCUUCCCCGAUCCGGAACAGUGCGACGUCUACUAUGCCUGCGUAAACGGAAUCGCCGAAGAAAAACUCUGCAAGGAUGGACUGGUCUUCAAGGACGACAAUCCUAAAAAGGAACUAUGCGACCUCCCCACGAAUGUACCGUGCGGAGACCGGACCCUUCUUCAGGAACCUCAGCCGUCCAAGGGUUGUCCCCGUGCGAACGGCUACUUCCGUCACGAAGAUCCAACGGCGUGCGACCAAUUCGUGAACUGCAUAGACGGCGUGGCAUCGGCGAUGCCAUGUCCAGCGGGUUUGAUAUACGAUGACUCAGUUUCCGCUUGCGUUUGGCCCGCCGAAUCGACGAGGGAGUGCGCCGCCCCAAAACGGGACAUCCUGGACGACGGUUUCGUCUGCCCAGACGGUGACGUUUCCGGUCCGUUGGGAAGGACUCUCCCCCAUCCGACUUACCCCCAUCCCGAGGACUGCGCGAAAUUUUACAUUUGCAAAAACGGACUGAGGCCACAAAAGGGACAGUGUGACGCUGGAACGGUCUAUAAUGAGGACAGUUUCAGGUGCACGGAUCCGGAAAACGUACCGGGAUGCGAGGACUAUUACAAGAAAAAGAACUGAUCGUUACACGUCAUUUAGCUGUAUAUGUAACAUUUGACUUUUACUUUUAAGAACAAUAAAUAUUUUAUUAUUAUAUAACAUAA